GGAAAGAAAAAAGGCUCCAUCCUCUGACUUCAACUCCUCCCAUUGAACUUCAUCUUCUGCUUCUUCUUCUUUACCCGCGGGAUGGGUCAAUCUUCGUCUCUAAUUCGAAGUGAAUGAGAAUUUUGCAAUGUUCUUUUAUGGCCUGGACUUGUCUCUCCUUGAUUAACUGCGAGGGUUUUGCAAAUUUCCUUCCGGGUCGUCCUUUUUUCUCUAUGCUUUGCGUCUAAGAAAAGAAAUUCAUGCAAAUUUUCUGUGCAGAUUUAUGAAACAUCUUCAUUUAUUGCUGAGGUGGGGUCAUUAAGUGUUUGGAGAGACCAGUCUUUGGGACAACAUGGCCACUGGAUUGACUACUAAAAUUCGAUUGGUAAAGUGUCCUAGAUGUCGUCGGCUCCUUCCGGAGUUGCCUGAUAUUCCUGUUUACAAAUGUGGUGGAUGUGAUGCAAUUCUUGUAGCAAAAAGUCAAAGAGACAGUUCUCACAAUCCUGAAUUGGGUUCACAAAACAGAGAUUCUGCCCAGAGACGCGAAGUCGAUCCCCCUUCUGAAGGUAACCAGGCCAGCAUUUCAAACCCCGAAGCAGUUAUUCCACCUCAUGGUGAGUCUAAUUUGGUCUUAAGAAAUGGGAGAGGUACGAAUGAAUCUAGAGAAUGGAGCAGCGAGAAUCUUGUUCAUUCAGCUUUGAGUGUGCAGCAAAGGAAUGCUAGAAGUGAUGAUGAAACUAAUCAUGAGAAUGGCGAACUCUCUGAUGGAGAUCUCUUAAAAGCAGAGGAAGCUAGCAUUUCUUCAUCAAGUCAUGAAGCUAUUAUUCCAUCCUCUGGUGAGUGUGUCAUAGAUCCAGAUGCUGAGGAGGACCAAGAUGAAUUUGGAGGUAGUAGCAGCGAGCAACUUGUUCGUCGGAAGUUGGGUGAACGCCAAACCUAUGCUAGAACUAACAAUGAUUCUCAUGCUGUUAAUGAUGGGCCGUUAGGAUUUCCAAGUCGAGAUCGUUCUGGAGAAGAAGCCACCUAUCACGACAAUGGCAAGCUGCCAUGCAGAGAUGCUCCCGAACAAGAGGAAUAUUGUAUCUCAAGUCCGGAAGGAACUAUCCCAUCCUCUGAAGAGUGUUUUACAGAUCUAAAUGAUGUGAAGGGUCAGAAGGAAUGUGGAGACAUUAGUCAGGAGCAGCUUGCUCAUAUAAAGUCAGGUGAAUGCCUAAAAAAUUCUGGAAGCUAUAAUGAAUCCCCAGCUUGCCACGGCGAGCGACCGAGCUGCUCAAAUCAAUCCUAUUCUAGAAUUGAAUUUGCUUCUCAUGGGAAGGCCAACCUCUCAGGACGAGAUCCUACAAAAGUAAUGGAAACUAGCACUUCAAGUCAUGAAGUAAUGACGAUCCCAUUCUCUGGGGGGUCUGUUUUGGAUCCAAAUGAUGAGAAAGAUCAAAAGGAAGAAGGCAACCAUAACGAGCAACUUGUUCAGAUACCUUUUACUGACUCUCUUGCUUGCCAUGGCAAGCAAUCUGGAUCUUCAGAUCAAGUGUCUUCUGCGAAUGAGGUUGCUAAUCAUGAGAAUGACAAGCCCUCAAGUGUAGACCAUUCAGAAGACGAGAUAGUUGAUCAAAUCUUACUGUCUGGAGAAGAAAGUCCAAAAGCUGAUAGUAAGGAAAUUCAUUCUGAUUUAGAAAGUUCAAGUAUUUCAAACGCACAUGUGGUAACAAGCAUUUCACCUAAGAUUCUUGCUCCUCUUGCUCAACGAGGAGAGGCGCCUCUAAAAAUUACUAGCCAUGAUUCUGAUCACCAAACUCCUGUAGAAAAUAUUGCAUGUAUGGAAGUGAAUCAGUGUUCUGAACUUAGUGGUGGCCUUCCUGGUGUGGCCAGAUUUUUAACAACCAAACGUUCAUUUGCAUGUGAUGGAAGUGUAUCUUCAUAUGAUGGAAUGGAUGAUCAGUUCUCGGACCAUGAUAAACGUUCGUUACAGAACAAUCAUCAUGCUUCCACCUUUCUUACCACUGUAGAACGUAGAAGAAGGGAAGAGUCCUUGAUGAAUAACAAUGCAGUGGCGAGGGAUUCUGAAGUUCCAAUUGAAGGAAGGAAUUAUAAGGAAAUUUCAUCUCAUGAGAAGCAUUAUGGCAUAGAAUACCAUGAAAGGAAUCAAAAUGAUGUACUGCAACACAGAAGACAGGAUAUUCCAAUGCAAAGUAGAAGCAGGUUAAGGAGAGAGAAAUACCAAAGUAAGUUGUCGUUACUUGGAACCAACCACCUAGGUGGCUACGAAAGUGGAAGUGCUUCUAGUUCUGUGUUUGAUGAACCCCAUGAUUCAAGAAUGCAUUUAUCAGAAAAUUUUGUGGACCAUGAUGAGGACAAGGCUAGAUUGUUGAGAAUGGUUUAUGAACUGCAGGAUCAGCUAGAGAAAAGCUGCAAUCUAAACGGAAAUGCAAGCGAAAGGUUAUCCAUGGGAUCUGUACAGAGGGAUGGAUGGGUGCCAAUGCACUAUAAUCAUAAGAUUCCUCAGGAAGAAAGCUGGCAUGACUCAGAAUAUCCUUCUUACUAUCGGAGAAACGGGCCUCAAAUAAAUUAUUCCGGACAACAUCCAUUGUCACGGAUGACUUCUGCUGUGAAGGCUGUUAGUGGUCCUCAAGUUAAUUAUCCUGGACAACAUUCGUUUGGCAUGGAACACUUCCCUGAAAACUUCCCUCACUCAAGGCAGUUGCUUCCAUCUGAACACUGGCACAAUCAAGGGGCCCGUAUGCCGCAUAUCGAUAAUGACUAUUACAGUCAAUACAACUCAUGUGCAUCUAGUCCCCAACAUUUUCUAACGCAGUUGUCUGCAAGGGGCAUUCAUAUGCAGUCUGAUCAUUUGAACCAUCGAAAUCACGGUAGGAAUCAUUUGAGAGAGAAAAAUCAUUUCACCAAGCAUCAUCUAAGACCAAUGGCUGGAGGUACCCCUUUCGUAACUUGUUACUACUGCUUGAAGCUACUACAGAUUCCUGCUGAAUUUCUCUUGGUGAAAAGGCGCAAGCGGCUCAAGUGUGGUCAUUGCUCAAAGGUUCUUGAGUUUUCUCUUCAGAGCAGAACUCAUAUUGUUCCAUGUGUACAGAGUGUUUCAGAACCUCCACCAUACGAGGCCCAUGAACAUGAUGAUUAUGAUCUCGCUAUGGGCAAAAGUGGCUCCAGAGAAAUAGGUGAUUCCAUAGUCUUACCGCACUCGUCCCACCAAGACAUGGAGAAAGAACAUAGUUCCCAAAACAAAUUCGCGCAUAUAAAGAAAUGUUACCAAUCCGGUGAUCCAUCCUCCCCAGCCUACAAGGCUGAUAAGUUGUCCUCCGAAGUUGGAAAAUUCUCAACCAAGUCAAAUUCCCCGCUUCAUCAACUCAUGGGCUAUUCAUCUCCAAGCCAAGUCUUUAAAGGAUUGGAUGCACCAAGAAGAAGCAUACAGAGGAAAUACUAAGGUAACUCAUUGUUGGCAGACUGAAAAAGAGAGUAUGAAUGAGAAUGAGAGUACGAAGAGAAUGGAAUGGAAACAAUUGGUUCUUUCGGAACCUGACAUUACAUUUGAUUAUGAUUUUAGAUCACUCAGGAACAGAUGAAGCUGUAACAUUUGGGAUCUUCAAAUAGUGCAAUGCAUAACGAGCUUGAACAAGUUCUUGGCGAUCUUCCACGUAAAAUAAUGUAUUUAGAGAUUCAUUAUAAAUAUAGGUAGCUACCCUUUUGCUUCUAUGAUUUGUAUUUAACACAGAUUACAGAAGAGGAGUUUGAUAUGUUUUAUAAUAAAAAUAGAGACAGGAGUCUGUUAUAUAAAGGUUGUGUAUAUUACAUUCUUAUGUAGAAGGGUUUUAAAUGCACUACUAGUUUUGAAGGUUGAGAAUAAUACCUCCCGAGUUUUAUA